GGAGGAAAGGGCGAGGUGUUCCGAUUGACCUGAGAUAGUCUCGAAGCCUUCAGAUCAUGUGACAUACCAAGCAAGACACGCCAUGAUUAAACAUUACAGGGAAGUGCAAUGAGACCUUGCUAGAGAAGUGUACUGCUACAGAAUAUAUAGAGUAGCCAUGGACCCCAUCCGCAGUGCCCAAGAUGUCGUCCGAUGUGACCUUUGCGAGACAGCUAUAGUACAGAUGUACUGUGAUUUCUGCGACGUCAACCUAUGUAUUACCUGCAUAGGAAAACACAUUGCUGAUGACUAUCAAAAACACAUAGUGGUACCAUUCCAAAAACGAAAAUCUACCUUGAUUUAUCCCAAGUGUAGUACACAUCAAAAUAAACUGUGUGAAUUCCUUUGUAAGGAAUGUGACAUGUCUGUCUGUUCAAUGUGUGCUGUAUCUGCAGACAAACACAAGGGUCAUAGAUUUUCAAUUCUUUCGGAAAUCUACAACAACAAAAAAGCAGACUUUACAAAAGAUUCAGAGGAGAUAGAAAACGUUAUUUCUCCAACAUAUGAAGAAAUGGCCACUGAUUUAGAACUUCAAAUAACCAACUUGGAUGGAGAAUAUGUGAAAUUUACAACAGUAGUCACAAAACAUGGAGAGGAAUGGCACAAAGAAAUUGACAAUGUCAUAAACAAAAUGAAAAAUGAAAUAGAAGAGAUGAAAACCAAACACCUGGAAAUUCUGAAGAAACAUUUGGAUGAAAUUAAGCAGAUACAGUCCCUUAUUGAGCAAUCACUGAUCACUCUGAAGGAAAUGGAGGAAUCCAAUGAUGUGUCUGUGACCAUGGAAUACAGAUCCAAAAACAAAGAAUUCAGAAAACUUCCUCCCAAAGUCCGAGUCUCACUGCCUACAUUUAGUCCAAACACGAUAGACAGUGAACAAAUUUACAAGUCACUGGGAUCUUUGAUACCAUUAUCAUUUACCACAGAAGAAAAUGACUACACAUUGAAGAAAACAGAAACCUCACCCAAAAAACUAAUGGACGAACCAGAGCUUGUCACUAUAAUAAAUACUGGGUAUGAAAAACUCCGCAGUGUUAUCUGUCUCGGUGAAGAAGAAUUCUGGACAAAUGCAGAAGUCGUUGAUAUGAAAUGUUUUAAUGUUCAAGGUACAGUUACCAAUACAAUCAAAACAAAAUCAGGGAAAUGGCCAAAUGAUAUAGCAGUGACAAGUGAUGGGGAUCUACUGUACUCUGACUGGGAAACAAACACUGUGAAUAAAGUGAAGAGUGGACAGACAGAGGAGGUGAUCAGACUACAGGGCUGGAUACCUACCAAUCUCUGUGUCACCUCCUCUGGUAAUCUCCUGGUUACUGUGUACAAUGAUGAUAAAACACAAUCCAAAGUUGUCCGUUACUCAGGUUUCACAGAGAAACAAACAAUCCAGUAUGAUGAUGAGGGAAAGCCUCUAUAUUCAGGAAAUAAUAAAAUUAAAUACAUCAAUGAGAACAGAAACCUGGAUAUCUGUGUGGCUGACUGUGGAGCUGGUGCAGUAGUGGUGGUCAAUCAGUCAGGAAAACUCCGAUUUAGAUACACUGGUCACUCUUCUACUACCAAAAACAAAGCAUUCAGACCCCGGGGAAUCACACCAGACAGUCAGAGUCAGAUCCUGACAGCAGACCGUCAUAACCACUGUAUCCACAUCCUGGACCAGAAUGGACAGUUCCUCCGCUAUAUAGAUAACUGUGCUCUGAAGAACCCAUUCGGUUUAUGUGUGGACAAAAGUGACAACUUGCUUGUUGCUGAGCUUAAUGCCAUGGACCCCCGCCACAGUGCCCAAGAUGUCGUCCGAUGUGACCUUUGCGAGACAGCUAUAGUACAGAUGUACUGUGAUUUCUGCCAUGUCAACCUAUGCAUUGCCUGUAUAGGAAAACACGUUGCUGAUGACUAUCAAAAACACAUAGUGGUACCAUUCCAAAACCGAAAAUCUACCUUAAUCUAUCCAAAGUGUAGUACACAUCAAAACAAAACAAGUAAAUAUCAUUGCAAGGAAUGCGACAUGUCUGUGUGUUCAAUGUGUACUAUAUCUGCAGACAAACACAAGGGUCAUACAUUUUCAGUUCUUUCUGAAAUGUACAAUGAAAGAAAAGCAGGCAUUGCCAAAGAUUCAGAGGAGAUAGAAAACAUCAUUUCUCCAACAUAUGAAGAAGUGGUCACUGAUUUAGAAACUCAAAUAACAAACUUGGAUGGGGAAUAUGCAAAAUUCAAGACAGUAUUCACAAAAUAUGGAGAGGAAUUGCAAAAAGAAAUUGACAAUGUCAUCAACAAAAUGAAAAAUGAAAUAGAAGAAAUGAAAAUCAAACACCUGGAAAUUCUAAAGAAACAUUUGGAUGAAAUUAAGCAGAUACAGUCCCUUAUUGAGCAAUCACUGAUUACUUUGAAGAAAAUGGAGGAAUCCAAUGAAGUGUCUGUGACCAUGGAAUACAGAUCCCAAAACAAAGAAUUCAGAAAACUUCCUCCCAAAGUCCGAGUCUCCCUGCCUACAUUUAGUCCAAACACGAUAGACAGUGAACAGCUUUACAAGUCACUGGGAUCUUUGAUACCAUUAUCAUUUACCACAGAUGAAAAUGGCUACACACUGAAGAAAACAGAAACCUCACCCAAAGAACUGAUGGAUGAACCAGAGCUUGUCACUACAAUAAAUACUGGGUAUAAAAACCUCCGCAGUGUUACCUGUCUGAGUGAAGAAGAAUUCUGGACAUGUGCAGAAGUCGUUGAUAUGAAAUGCUUUAAUGUUCAAGGUACAGUUAUUAAUACAAUCAAAACAAAAUCAGGGAGAUGUCCAAAUGAUAUAGCAGUGACAAGUGAUGGGGAUCUAGUGUACCCUAGUGGGAAAACACAGACUGUGAAUAAAGUGAAGAGUGGAGAGACAGAGGAGGUGAUCAGACUACAGGGCUGGAGACCCAGCCAACUCUGUGUCACCUCCUCUGGUGAUCUCCUGGUUACCAUGUACACUGAUGAUAAAACACAAUCCAAAGUUGUCCGUUACUCAGGUUCCACAGAGAAACAAACAAUCCAGUAUGAUGAUGAGGGUAAGCCUCUAUAUUCAGGAAAUGGUUAUAUUAAAUACAUCAGUGAGAACAGAAACCUGGAUAUCUGUGUGGCUGUCUAUGGAGCUGGUGCAGUAGUGGUGGUCAAUCAGUCAGGAAAACUCCGAUUUAGAUACACUGGUCACUCAUCUACUACCAAAAACAAACCAUUCAAACCUCGGGGAAUCACAACAGACAGUCAGAGUCAGAUCCUGACAGCAGACUUUAAUAACAACUGUAUCCACAUCCUGGACCAGAAUGGACAGUUCCUCCGCUAUAUAGAUAACUGUGAUCUGAGGAAUCCAUUCGGUUUAUGUGUGGACAAAAGUGACAACUUGUUUGUUGCUGAGUAUUCUAGUGGAAAUGUGAAAAAAAUCAAAUAUUUACAAUGAAUACUAUUGUUUAUAGCCAAGUUAGAGACUUCAAAGUACCGAGGUAAAUGGUUAAAACUUAUUUCAUGUGUCAGGAUGCGUGGAGAGUGAUACAGAGAUUGUAAAAUGUCAACUGUAGACAAUCCACUCCAGACUUCACUUCCUGUCCCAUCUCUAUAAAAGUUAUCUGGAUGUCAAAUUAAUUCUGUAAUGGAUGUCAAACUUCUAAAGCACAACAAAUAACAAACCCUAUUGAUAGCAGAUCUUCGUUAGUAUUGGUAUGUAAUAUGUAUACGGUGUGACCGUUGGACCGAGCGAAGCAUGUAAUGGUCAUUGGAGUGUCCCAAGUGGUAAUCAUAAUUCCGUUAAGUACGGUAGAUUAUGAUUUAUUUAAAAAUAUAUAUUUUUAAUGAAAUUUUCCUUGCUCUAAAAACCCAGUAACAUCUCAAUAUUAAAGGGAUUUAUAUGGGGACAACAGUUUUACAGGAUCCGCCUAUUCAUUGAACAUGGGAAAUAAAACGCAAUGCGACGUAAACUGUGCAUUGUGACGUCACAUUUAGCCUCGACUGUUUUCUCUUUUUCAAAGCAAAAAAUUAUAAACAACAAUAAUACAUUCCGUAUGCAAUGAAAAGGGCCGUUAUAAAACUAAACAAAAUUAACCAAUAAAUUCAAAAUGGUAAAAAAGUAACCGUAAUUUUAUUGUAUAUUCUUAUUCAAAGAAACUCAUGAACUCUAUUUAGUCGUAUUACGGUUUUAUAUGUAAUUAUGUGUUAAAACCUGUUAUAAUGAUAAUUACACUAUUCAUUUUGAACAAACCAAGUGUUUAAAUUACGAAUUGCACGUCAGAGUCUUCUAUUAUUGGCAUUCAAAAUAAAACACGAAUAACUGUUGAAGCAGGUAAUGAAAAAAUAAAUGGCGGCCCGGCGCCCAUAUGUAUCACGAAAAUUUCAGUGAACAUAUAUAGAGAUUAUCUCUUUUUCUUUUGCUGAUUUUGACUUUUUUCUUUUACAUACGCGUUACCUUAAAGCCUUACUUCGCGGACGAGCCUUCGACCCGUCCAAGCUUUGCUCGGUAUUAUAAAAUCUCACAAUGAAGUUGUAUGAUGACAAUGUCUUAUCAAACCUAUAUGGUGGACAUUUUUUUAAUCCUUUAAUUUUGAUUUUAGAAAAUGUUGUGUUUUUUCAUGUAAACCUGUUCACUUUUUAGCUCACCUGAGCUCAAAUGAGCUUUUCUGGUUGCCUGUUGUCCGUCAUCUGUCCAUCUGUAAACUUUUUGCAUUUUCGACUUUUUCUCCAGGACCACUUGGCCAAUUAUAAUCAAAGUUGGCCAAAAGCAUCCUUAGGUAAAGGGCUUUUUUUAAGUUUGUUCAAAUGAAGAGCCAUGCCCCCUUCAAAGGGGAGAUAUUCACAAAAAUGCAAAAAUAGGGUGGGUUCAUUUAAAAAUCUUCUCAAGAACCACUGGGCCAGAAAUGCUUAAAUUUUCAUGAACGCUUUCUGACAUAGUGCAAAUUCAAGUUUGUUAUAAUCAUGGCCCCCGGGAGUAAGAUGAGGCGACAAUAGGGGGUCAAAGUUUUACAUACAAAUAUAUAGGGAAAAUCAUUAAGUAAUCACUGGGCCAGGAAUGUGGAAAUUUACAUGACAACUUCCUGACAUAGUGCAGAUUCAAGUUUGUUAAACUCAUGACCCCAAGUGUUCGGAUGGGGCCACAAUAGGGGAUCAAAGUUUUACAUAACUAAUAAAUAGAAAAAUUAUUUUAAAAACUUUUCCUUAAGAACCAUUGGGUUAAAGAAGUUUACAUUUGCACAAAAGCUUCCUGACAUAGUGGAGAUUGAAGUUUGUAAAAAUCAUGCCCCCGGGGGUAGGUUGGGGCCACAAUAGGGACCAAAGAUUUAUAUAUAUAUAUAUAUAUAUAUAUAUAUAUAUAUAUAUAUAUAUAUGGAAAUCUUUAGAUAUGGGUCAAGGUGACUCAGGUGAGCGAUGUGGCCCAUGGGCCUCUUGUUUCAAAUUCAUCGAAGUGUCAUAUGUCUAGGUAUUUUUAGCAUUGGUCAGAUUUGCAACCUUGUUUAACAUAUUUUGAUAAAUAUUAUUAUGAAAACCUGUCAAUGUAUAAAUUAUUACAACUGUACUCAAAUACAAAAAGUGUUAUGUUUAAUUUUGGGAAAUUUUUAUAUAAAGCUGGUAAACUGAAAUCAGAGUCCACAACAUAAAGAGGUUUAUCCUAAACAUAUCAAUAAUCAUGUCCUUUAUAUUUGAGACACAUGCUCUAUUUUGUGCUUUAAAAUUGUUAUUAUAACUUAUUGAUGUCUCUUUCGCUUAUGUUAUUAUUGUAAUGUGUUAUUUGCAACCUAUAAGCAGUGCUGCUUUUGGAAAUAAAUAAUACAAUAAAAAAACCA